CAGCUGGGGAUUGCUUUGAGCUUGGAAGGCAAACUUAUAAUUCUGGAGACCAUUACCAUACUGUGCUAUGGAUGCAAGAAGCCUUGAAGCGAUUUCAUGAGGAGGAUAUGCCAACUAUAGCUCGUGAAGACAUCUUGGAAUAUUUGGCCUUCUCUACAUACAUGCAAGGGAAGACAGAAGAAGCACUCCAGCUAACAGAUGAGCUGCUGAAGCUAAUGCCCCAUCAUCCAAGGGCCCCUGGAAACAAAAUUUACUAUGAAGAAGAGCUGGUGAAAUUGAAGAAAACUCGAAAGGGUGAUGACGGUUCACCUAAUAUUUCAGCGCAGCCUGAGCUGACUCCAUCAGAAGAUGCAGAACCAGAAGAAGAGGAAGAAUCAGAACGUUCUGUCUAUGAGAAACUGUGCCGAGGUGAAGUGUCUCCAAGUCCAAAGAUCCUUGCCUCCACAUAUUGUACCUACUUUGAUCACAACAGGCAUCCUCUUCUUGUGAUUGGGCCUCUCAAACUGGAGGUAAUGUAUCCAAAGCCCUGGAUUGUCAUCUUUAGGAAUUUUCUUCAGGAGAAUGAGAUGGAAAUUAUCAAGCAGCUUGCCCAGCCCAGACUGAAGAGGGCUACUGUUCAGAAUUACAAGUCAGGGGAAUUGGAGACAGCUACAUAUCGAAUCAGCAAAUCUGCCUGGCUGAGAACAGAAGAACAUCCUGUUAUUGAGAAAAUUGUCCGCAGAAUUGAUGCAGCUACUGACCUUGAUGUUGAAACAGCAGAAGAGUUACAGGUAGUGAACUAUGGUCUUGGAGGACAUUAUGAACCUCACUUUGACUUUGCCCGUAUGAGUGAUGUGAGUGCUGGAGGGGCAACAGUAUUCCCUGAACUGAGGCUCAGCCUCUGGCCACAGAAGGGUUCUUCUGCUUUUUGGUUCAACCUUCACAAAAGUGGUGAAGGAGAUAUGAAGACACGUCAUGCAGCAUGUCCUGUCCUGGCUGGGUCUAAAUGGGGUGAGUGA